AUGUCUGCUGUCUACGGCGCUUUUCCUACACGUCUCCCAUCCCUGCAGCAGGAGCCCUUGAGGCCAGACAGCAGCAGGAUGAUGUGGAGACCCCCAUUCACACCCAGGGUGGUCUGGCUGAAUGAUGAUAGUGAGGAUGAGGACGAGGAGGAGAAGGGCGCUGAGGCUGCCCCAACAUCGCAGCGUGAGGAGGUGCAGGAGCACCAGCUGCUGCAGGCAGAUCCCAACUGGGAGCUGCCAGAAGAGGAGAAGAAGCAGGAAUACACCCAUGUCCUGCACAACCCCAGAGCAAAGGUGUAUUGGGAAUCCUUCGAGCCUAAAGACCGUGAAGGUUCCACUGUCACAGUCGCUGAGGCCAUGACAGAAGCACAUUCCUACAAUGUGGAGGCUGGUGGGACUCUGCUGAAUACCCUUGUGGAAAGCGAGGUCUCCACUUUGAAGCAGGUGCCCAGGAUUGUGCGGUGCAUCCACCGGUGGUUCAUGACCAACACGGAGGAGUCAGUUGAGCACAGCCUGGACAACACCCUUGUGGAGCUCACCGACGCGCACCCCCAUGAUGUGGUGGUGGCCCUGCUGCGCUGUGCCCCAUCGUGCGACCGGUACUGGGAAACCUGCCCUGAGGGCUCAGGGCUGCCCAGCCUUUAGAGCCCAUCGGUCUGCACAGCCCGUCCCGUGCGGGCUGGCAGACAGAUAGAGACUUUCAGGACCCUCUGGCCCCUCUGUUGCCCAGCCCUGGCACGUCAGCCCCAGCGCCCGCUGCUGUGCUCCCCCUGCCCACCAAGGCACCGCUGCUCAGUCGCCUGCUGCCCGCAGGGGCAGAGCCGCUGGGUGCC